AUGCAAGAACCAGAGUUCCUCCCUCAAAUUAGUCAAAUUCUCAUGCCCUGCAGCAGAUUGGCCGGCGUUUCAAACUCGCCGGAAUUCGAAUUCUGCAGCUCCUCUUUCUCCCCGCCCUAUCUCCUCUCCGCCGACCAGCUCUUCUCCGGCGGCGUACUCCUUCCCCUCCACCACCUCUGCCUCUCUAGCGACACUCCUCCGCCGCCUCAAGAUCCAGAGCCAUCCGCAUCGGAUCAAGCCCGGGCCGAUCCCAGGCCCGAAGUCCCAUCCGCCGGAUCGGCUCAACUGACUCCGCCCGCUCCUAGUACUCUGUCCUUCUCACGGCGGUUGAGCGACAUUUUCCGGCGGAACAACAAGAAAAGCCCGCGGUCCUCCGUGGACUUGGACGCCGAGGAUCUGACCGGCCCCAAGGAGAAGGAUACGAUGGUCAAUGCCUUUAAGGAGAAGAGGAGAGAGAGGAAGAACGGCGCCGGCGGUGGUCCCACGGCGGCGGAGCUCAACAUCAACAUAUGGCCGUUCUCGAGGAGCAGGUCCGCCGGGAACGGCGCAUCCCGGCCGCGUACCCCGGCGGUGGCGGCGAUGCGGAAGGCGAGCAGUGCGCCGUGCUCGAGGAGCAACUCGGCCAGCGAGUCGAAGUCGAGGAGGUGGCCGAGCAGCCCCGCCCGUGGGGUCCACGUGGGGAGGAGCAGCCCAGUGUGGAAGGCCCGACGCGGCGGCGGGAGGCGGAGCUUCGAGGCGGCUGUCAGGAAAAAUUGGGGUGAGGGUCGCCGGGAAGUGCUGCCGCCGUCCGUGAACGGAGGAGGCCUCAGCCGUUCUAGGUCUAAGUCGUUGAGUCUGAAUAUUCCGACGUGUAUUGGGUACAAGCAGCAUUCGAGUUGUCGAAGUGCGGGGAUCGCCACCGGCGAAGGGGUACGAAGACGUAGUUUGUUCAAUAUAAAAAGUCUCUUUACCAAGAAAGUGUAUUAA